AUCCGACCGGUCUGCGCCUCCGCCCCCCCCCCCGCGGACGUCGGAGCUGAGGAGAUCUGGGCGGUUCGACCCGCUUAUAAGGAGCCGGAUUUUCCAAAGUCAAGGACACCAUGGUUGAAAAUUCCCCAUCGCCAUUGCCGGAAAGAGCGAUUUAUGGCUUUGUCCUUUUCUUAGGCUCUCAAUUUGGCUUCAUAUUAUAUCUCGUGUGGGCAUUUGUUCCAGAAUCUUGGUUAAGCUCCUUAGGACUAACGUAUUGGCCUCAAAAAUACUGGGCAGUGGCUUUGCCUGUGUACCUUCUUUUUACUUUAGUAAUUGCUUAUAUACUCUUGUUUGGCAUUAACAUGAUGAGUACUUCUUCACUCAACUCUAUUCAUACAAUCACAGAUAAUUAUGCAAAGAAUCAGCAACAGAAGAAAUCCCAAGAAGAAGCAAUCCCUGCCCUAAGGGAUAUCCCUAUUAGUGAAGUAAACCAAAUGUUUUUUCUUGCUGCUAGAGGCCUUUACACUAGAAACUGAAUUGUACGUACAUUGUUUCAACACAAAAUACUUACGAACUUUGGGAUAAAAAUUUCUUAAUUGUCCCACAAGUGACAAUGUUCCAUUUUCUCGGACUUGUAAAUUACCCAUAUUGAUUGACACAUGCAAAAUGUAAUAGUCAAACUCUGCUGUUUGAACAGGGUUACCAUUAUUUAGUUAAGCUAGCAAAUUUUCAUUAUUAGUUAACAAAAGAAAUAAAAUCCUCUGGUGAAUCAUCACA